AUGAUGAAGAUUCCAAACGAAUACACAAAGAUAGCGAAAGAAGAUCCUACUGAGAUAAUCCACAGAAGAGCUCAGCUUCUGAUCCACAAGAUUCUCCAACGAUCUGACCCAGAUAUAUCAAGACAGAAACAGAAGAGAACUUCUACGGUCAAAACGCCGUUGUUUAGAGUGGUGGGAAUAAGAAUGAAGAUUGGGAAGAAGCUGAGGAAGCUAAGGAAGGGUUGUGUAAUGGCAGACAAACAACAUGGAGAUCUUGUGCAACGUGUUCUCAAAUCUCUUAAACGUUAUUUCUUAUGUUCCUCUUCUCGAAACGUCUCUGAUCUUCCUCUAUUCGCUCUUCAUGUUUGA